AGGAAGUAGUUAUCGCCAGCUCUUUAUCUGUCACUAGCGGUAUGCUGAACCUGAUGAGAAAUUGUCCGAAGGAAGCAGCUCAUCUUAGGAAAGAGCUAUUAAUUGCAGCCCGGCAUAUAUUUGCAACAGACUUACGACAAAAAUUUAUUCCCUCAAUUGAAAACCUUUUUGAUGAGGACUUGCUAAUUGGAAAAGGCGUCACAUUAGAUUCCAUUCGCCCUCUGGCUUAUUCAACACUAGCAGACCUUGCACACCAUGUUCGCCAAAACCUUAGCUUAGACGUCUUAAUAAAAGCAGUUAAUCUCUUUUCAAAAAAUGUUCACGAUGAAACACUUGCUGUGGGAAUUCAAACAAUGUCUUGCAAACUUUUGUUAAACCUGGUAGAUUGCUUAAGACAUCACAGCGAAAUAGAUCCCCAAAGGUCUCGGGCUAUACUUUUAAAACUCUUAAAAGUUUUUGUAAAAAGAUUUGAAACCAUUGCCACCACUCAGCUUCCGUUAAUUUUACAAAAAUGCAAAGGACAAUCCAAUUCUGGAGCUACGGCGAGCUCGACUAGCAACGUCCCAAUGCCGCUAAGUAAUAUAUCAGAUCUAAAUAAUGACCUAAUAUUGAAUGAGCAAGCAAGAUCAACCGCUACUGGAUCACAAUGGGUUAAUUCUAUAAAUGUAGCUGAAUUUCGAAGCUUAGUAAAAACACUUGUGGGCGGAGUUAAAACCAUAACGUGGGGCUUCUUUAAUUCAAAGUUUCAGAUAUCUGAUACAAUGCCUACUAAUCAUGAAAAGAUUUUUGGACCUGAAAUAUUAUGCGUUUACAUUGAAUUAGUUCAAUAUGCGAUGGAGGCUUUAGAUAUUUAUACUAUUAACGUUAAUCCAAUUCAACAGAGAACAUCUGGAUUAAUUUCUAGGAGUAAAGAAGAGAAGGAAGUAUUGGAACAUUUUAGUGGAAUAGUAAGUGAAUGAAAACAUAUUUGUAGAGCUGAAUACAUUACCUUUUUAUGUCUUAAUGAAAACCGCAAUCCAGU